ACACAAACAUGGAUUUUACACUGCAUUUGCGGUAAAAGCUUUCAUAAAUUUAAUAAAAAAAUAACAAAUCAGUAAAAUUCGCGUCCUUCGAACCUUCACAAUUCCACUAAUUCACCCAUGAGCGAAGAAAUCCACCUCAUUACCACCAAAAGCCCUAUAAAUACCAUCAUCGUCACCCAUAUCGUCAUAGUUCGCUCAAACCAUUAACAUGAAACUCUUCCUUGUCGCCGCAAUCUUAAUCGCCGCCGCCGCCGCCAAACCCACCGGGGACCAGCACGUCGCCGUCACCCAGGACACCCCCGGCAACUACAAACUCGCCCUCAACCUUGACCGACACUCUCGCGUAGAGUGGGGAAACGCCGACAGGACCGGUAGCUACUCUUACGUCGACCCCAACGGCGUGCUGCAUACCGUCGAGUACACCGCAGGAGUCGAUGGCUUCCAGGUCACCGGAUACAACGCCUCCGUGGCGCCCACCCCCAUUCCGGACACGGACGACUCGCCGUAGCCAAGGCUUAACUUAAGGACUGAAUUCGAUAUUAUUUGGACACAAAAAAACGCUCACUAUUUGCAAAACGUUUAUAAUAAAAAUAUAAAAAAAUUACAACACGUGAAAGAACACUUGACAAUUACUAAUAAUGCAUUAUUUUAUUAAAAUUAAA